AUGUUGAUGUUUUGGUUAUCGGUGCUGGCCCGACCGGUCUGGGCGCUGCCAAACGCCUCCAGCAGCUGGCAAAACAGCGCCUCGUGGUUGAUCAUCGACUCAAACAAAACCCCCGGUGGACUAGCCUCCACUGACGUUACCCCUGAAGGCUUCCUGUUCGAUGUCGGUGGACACGUUAUAUUCUCCCACUACAAGUAUUUCGACGACUGCCUCAACGAAGCCCUUCCCAAGGUCGAGGACUGGUAUGAGCACCAGCGUGUCUCGUAUGUCCGCUACGAGGGCCGCUGGGUCCCCUACCCUUUCCAGAACAACAUUUCCGUCUUGCCCAAGGAGGAGCAGGUUAAAUGCAUUGGGAGUCUGAUUGACGCCGCCCUGGAGGCUCGCGCCCGUCCUGCGUCCGACAAGCCCGAGAACUUCGACAUCUGGAACACCCGCAAUAUGAACGCUACCUGGGUUGGCGAGCGUGUGGCUGCCCCCAACUUAAAGCUGUUGACCAGCAAUGUCAUCCUUAACAAGGUGGCUGGCAAUUGGGGACCCAAUGCCACCUUUAAGUUCCCUGCUGAGGGUGGUACUGGUGGUAUCUGGAUUGCUGUGGCUAACACGAUUGCCAAGGAUAAGACUCGCUUUGGUACCGUUGUCCAUUACGGAUCUCUUAUCUCGACCAUGGCUGUUGACUACCUCGCCAAAGCCAUGGCUGAUACCAAGCUGCUGCAGCUCUGCAAGCCCCUCUUCUACUCUUCCACCAACGUUAUCGGUGUCGGUAUCCGUGGCAAGCGCCCUGAGCACAUCGGAGACAAGUGCUGGCUUUACUUCCCUGAGGACAACUGCCCUUUCUACCGUGCCACCAUCUUUUCCAAUUACUCCCCCAACAAUCAGCCUAAGGAGAAUGCCAAGUUGCCUACCAAGCAGCUUGCCAACGGUCAGAAGCCUGCUUCUUCCAAGGCCCAGGAAGGACCGUACUGGUCUAUCAUGUUGGAGGUUUCUGAGUCGCAGUAUAAACCUGUUAAACACGACACCCUGUUGGCCGACAGUAUCCAGGGCCUGAUUAACACUAAGUUGCUUAAGCCCGAGGACGAGAUCGUCAGCACCUACGUGCGUCGUUUCGACCAUGGAUACCCCACUCCCAGCUUAGAGCGCAACGGUGCUCUGAACGAGAUUCUGCCCUACUUGCAGCAGAAGGACAUUCUCUCUCGUGGCAGAUUCGGCUCGUGGAAGUACGAAGUCGGUAAUCAGGACCACAGUUUUAUGCUGGGUGUUGAAGCUGUUGACCACAUUGUCUCUGGCGCUGUCGAGCUCUCUUUGGCCUAUCCUGACUUUGUCAACGGUCGUGCCAACACUGAGCGCCGCCUGACAAGCAUGAAGACUGUUGUCCGGUAA